CAAGUCUCCAACAAAUUCUGGAGUUAUGGGGAAAAGUGUAGCGACUCGUUUUCCGAUGCCUCUACAGAUAAUAAAUCAUAAAUGUCCUGUAAUCACGUAAAACUUCAAUGCCUGGGAUCAACUGACAGCAUGGCCAAACCUUUCACACACUUUGUUCACACCAAUUGCUUAACCCUCAACACCAACAUGGGAGGGACACUUCAAAUAUUCAUUCAUUCAACCCAAGCCUUCACAUUACAAUACGGCGCCAACCCCGCCUCCCCCAGCUCCCUCCCAAUCCCACUCUGCUUCACCCCCCCAAACGGGAUCCUAAAGUCAGAAUCAUUACUGCUAUUAAUCCACACCAUCCCCGCCUCGAUCUCCCUCGCCACCCUGUGCGCCCUGUUCAAGUCCCUCGUGAAAAUCGCCGACCCAAGCCCAUAA